CUGGACCUGGAAACGCUUCCGGGAGGAGGACUUGGGGGGCAGGGGAGGGCGUGGUCGUGUCUGGUAUGGGAUGCCGUGGAAAGGAGCGGGCGCUCCUGAGCGGAUCUCUGGGUGGUUCCUUUGGGGAAUCCUCUUCUUCCCCUUUGCCCUUUGAUUUGCUGAAGAGAGAGUCCCCAUGGUCUCUGUUCAAGUUCUGGAAACUUUCUCUUUGGGUGGGCUUAAUCACCUACUACUUCAUUAUAGAACUGCCCAGGGCCUCUACUGAUACUGGGCACAAACGUGGGGAAUAUGUCAGAAAACAGAAAACCGCUGCUGGGCUUCGUGGGCAAACUCCCCAGUGGGACUGCCCUUGGGAACUCAGGCAAGACUCACUGCCCUUUGUGCAUGGGGCUUUUCCAAGCCCCCAGGCUCUUGCCAUGUUUGCACACAGUUUGCACCACGUGUCUGGAGCAGCUGGAACCCUUCUCAGUAGUGGACAUCCGAGGGGGAGAAUCUGACACAAGUUCUGAGGGGCCGCUAUUCCAGGAACUCGAGGCACACAGCCUGCAGCCCCAGAUCGGCAUUCUCUGUCCGGUAUGUGACGCUCAGGUGGACCUGCCCAGGGGUGGAGUGAAGGCUUUAACCGUAGACCACCUGGCCAUGAAUGACGUGAUGCUGGAGAGUCUGCGCGGGGAAGGCCAGGGCCUGGUGUGUGACCUGUGCAGCGACAGGGAAGUGGAGAAGCGAUGUCAGACCUGCAAAGCCAAUCUCUGCCACUUCUGCUGCCAGGCUCAUAGGCGACAGAAGAAAACGGCUCACCACACCAUGGUGGACCUGAAAGGCUACAGCCGGGUAGGGAAAGCCAUCCUGUGUCCCGCUCACCCUGCAGAGGAGCUGAGGCUGUUCUGUGAGCUGUGUGACCGGCCCGUGUGCAGGGACUGCGUGGUGGGGGAGCACCGGGAGCACCCCUGUGACUUCACGGGCAAUGUGAUCCACAAGCACGGGGACUCUGUGCGGGAGCUGCUCAGGGGCACCCAGCCCCGUGUGGAGGCCCUGGAGGCGGCGCUGGCCCAGAUCCCAGAGACACAGAGGGCCCUCCAGGAGCGAGUGGAGGCCGUGGCAGCCGAUGUCCACACCUUCUCAGAGGGCUACAUCAGGGCCAUCGAGGAGCAUCGGGACAAGCUGCUGAAGCAGCUGGAAGACAUCCGGGUCCAGAAGGAGAACGCCCUGCAGCUGCAGAAGGCGCAGCUGGAGCAGCUGCUGGCAGACAUGAGGACGGGAGUGGAGUUCACCGAGCACCUGCUGACCAGUGGCUCGGACCUGGAGAUCCUCAUCACCAAGGGGGUGGUGGUGGAGCGGCUCACCAAGCUGAACCAGGUCGAAUACAGCGCCUGCCCCGGCGUGGACAGCAGGAUACGCUUCUCCCCUCACAAGAAAGCAGGCCGGUGCCGCGGCUAUGAAGUCUACGGGGCCAUCAGCACCCAGGAGGUCGACCCGGCCAAGUGUGUCCUUCAAGGAGAAGAUCUCCACAGAGCUCGGGAGAAACAGACCGCCUCUUUCACCCUGUUCUGUAAGGAUGCAGCAGGAGAGAGCAUGGGCAGGGGAGGAGACGACAUUCGGGUCACAGUGGUCCCCAACGAUAAGAAAGACAGUCCAGUGAGAACGGUGGUGCAAGACAACAAGGACGGGACAUACUCCAUUUCCUACACUCCCAAGGAGCCUGGCAUCUACACUGUUCUGGUCUGCAUCAAAGAGCGGCAUGUGCAGGGCUCGCCGUUCACUGUGACCGUGAGGAAAAGGCACCGCUCGCACACAGGCGUGUUUCACUGCUGCACAUUCUGCUCCAGCGGAGGCCAGAAAACUGCUCGCUGCGCCUGUGGAGGCACCAUGCCAGGUGGGUACCUAGGCUGUGGCCAUGGCCACAAAGGUCACCCAGGUCGUCCCCACUGGUCAUGCUGUGGGAAGUUCACCGAGAAGUCAGAAUGUACGUGGGCAAGUGGGCCGAGCUCAGCAAGGAGUCUGCUCAGGACCGUGGCGCUCUGACGUUGCCUGGGUCAGCCUGUGAAGCUGCAGCCAGCACGACCUCAGAUUCCCAGAAGACCCCCAGACCCCGAUGAAGUCUCAAGAAACUGAGAAUUAAAAACAAAGUGCCUUAGCUAUACUCUCGAGUUCAAGUACUUUUCGUGAGUCACUCACUGAUUGUAUGUGUGGACGGUUGAGCACAAGAGACGCCCACUGUAUUCUUUGUCUUAACGAUGGGUUGGCAGUGCUUUCUGCACCCGGGGAGGCCGCCUGUCUUGUACAGGUAUGGAGGUACCUGUGCUGCUGAAACGUAGAGAUAGCGGGGGUAGUCUGGCUCCUCAGUGUUUGAUAAUAAACCUUUCUUAUUUCUCCCUGAGCUGUUAGAUAUUUCCCUCGGAAAUAAAAACCUCCUUUCAUCUUACGCACUUUUCGCCAGCACACGCUCUUUAAAUGGAUUAUACUGACCUUGCUGUUUAGGUGGAGGUCCCCCUCUUCCACCUCCGUGCCAUGUUCAUCUUGUACCCUCCACCCCCAGCAAAGACUAGAAGAUUGCUAUUGGUAAGGGCACACCAGUAGUCAGCCAAUGAAGGGGACUGGUGCUGACACAGACGCUCAGACAUUUUCUGCAGUUCAUCUCCUGCCAGGGGAUCGAGGGUACCCUCGUCCGCCUCACAUCUCUCAGCGCCCUUUGUGUUUUAGAGUCCUCUUCACUUUUGUCUGUUACUAGGAAGUUAACGAGAAGCUUUGACUCCCAGAGCACAGCCGCUUCGCUGGUAGACUUGAAAGAGAAUUCUUGGGGGAGGAAGGACACAGCGGAUCACAUUCACCUUCCAUGAAACAUCUUCUUUUGGUUUUUGUGGCAUCACUCUCGUAAUUCUCCUAUCUCACUGACUUUUCCUUCUCAGUCUUCUUUGCCAGUUCCUCCUGACUUCUCUCUCCAGCCUCUCCGCACUGCAGAGCCCGAAGGGUCAGUUCUUGCAUUCCUAUUUCCUCCCACUCCUAGAUGAGCCUAUCCUCUUGUGACUUUAAAUACCGUUUUUAUACUGAUGACUCCCAAAUUUAUUUCCACCUCCAAAUCCCAAAGGAACACAUCCAAUACCUGAUUUAACGUCUCCACCUGGGUAUAUCACAGGCGUCUCAAGUUUAAAAUGUCCAAACAGAACUCGCCAUUUCCAACUUUCUUUCCACCUGCCUCUACCACCAAACUAUUUCUCCUCAGGCCUCUCCAUCUCUUUACAAGGGAAGUCCAAAUCCGCCCUGCUAGGUGCUGGAGUCAAGUCUUGGGAACAUCACGCACCACAUCCAGUCCACUGGCGGAUCCGACCAGCCAUCCCUUCAAAACGCGUCUGCUGAGCUCUGCUCUACGCCACCGCCCCCAUCCCGGCCUCCAAAACCAGGACUUCUCACCUGGAGUCUGCCUUCUACCUUGUCUCUCUGCUUCCACCCUUCCCCUCCUGUGCUCCCUUCUCCACUCACAGGCAGAGAGGUCCUUUGAAAACACCACAGCAAAGGAAGAAGCCAGACAAAUAAACAAAAACUCAUAGACACAGACAACAAUUUAGUGGUUACCAGAGGGUAACGGGGAUGGGGGUGGGA